AUGCGACCACAAGUGGAAUAUUUUAACAAUCAGAAUUACUGGAAGUUGAAGAAGAAUCUCAUAAAAGGCAAAGUCCUGUUUGAAGAUCCACAUUUCAAACCAACCCUACGCUCCCUUGCUCGACACAAUUUUCCACAAGGCAAGAUAGAGUGGAAGCGACCAAAGGAAAUUGGCUUCAAACCUUACUUGUAUGAAGUUGGGACCAGCUCUCGAGACCUGCAUGAGAGCAACUAUGGUAAUUGCUGGUUUGUUGCUGCUGCAUCAUAUUUAGCCACUAAGCCAUUACUGUGGAAAAGGGUUAUAUUAGAUUACUCUAAGCAGGAGUGGAACCAUAAAAAUCCUGAACAAUAUGCAGGGAUUUUCCAUUUCCGUUUCUGGAAGUUUGACAGAUGGAUUGAUGUGUGCAUCGAUGAUCGACUGCCUACAGUGAACAGCCAACUGAUAUACUGCCAGUCAAGCAAUGUCAACGAAUUCUGGUGUGCACUGCUUGAAAAAGCAUAUGCCAAGCUGCAUGGGUGCUAUGAAGUACUGAAGAGUCGCAACGUAGCUGAGAUCUUGGAAGAUUUCACUGGCAAUAUCUCAGAACCUGUGUCCAUGGCUGAAGAAGAGCUUGAUGAGAAUCCUGACAAUCGAAAGGAACUUUUUGAAUACUUACAGAAAGCCCACUCCAGGGAAGCCAUCAUCGCCUGCUACAUCAAGCUUGAAGCCGGUGCCAAUCUGGACUCUCAGAUACCAUGUGGUCUAGUGAAAGGGCAUGCUUAUGGUAUCACAGACAUUCGAGAGGUGCAUCUCAACAGAGACCUGAUUUCUUGGUUCAAAGCUACAGAACUUUAUAUGAUCAAGCUGCAGAAUCCUUGGGGACCAUCAGAGUGGAAGGGGGCAUGGAGUUACCGAUCCAAGCAGUACUGGCAAGUUGGUAGGAAGGAGUGGGAGCAAAUGGGGCUCUCAGUGAAAGAAGACAACCAAUUCUGGAUGGACUUGCAAGAUUUUUGUUUCUGCUUUACUGAUAUAGUUAUAAAUCAACAGACCAAUACAUCCAAGACAAGGAAGGAAGCCUACUUAUUCAGUGAAUGGAGCAAGAGAAAGAUUCCUUGCAUUAAUAAUGAAAGUAUGAUGUUCCAAAACCCACAGUUCUCAUUUGACAUACCUGCUGAAGAUAACUUAAUAAUCAGCUUUCAGGAGGAGGACUGGAGAGGGAGCAGGUACCAGACUGAAGAUGAAGAAAAAAAUUCAUCCAAGCAAUUUCAGGAUCAGAAGGAAGGCAAAAAUGGAUUUGCAGGCUUCAAGGUUUUUAAGGUGGAGAAGAAUCGUAAAUAUCGCAUGCAUGAUGUGAACCAGAAACCUAUUUUUAGUAUUACAAACAGUGACUCUCCCAGUGCCUUACUGCAAUCUAAGCUCAAAGCAGGUCGAUAUAUCAUCAUCCCAACAUCCACACCAGAACACACAGGCAGGAUCCUAAUUCGACUCAUUUCAGACAGAAUGACUAAACUCAGGGAGUUAAAACAGGAUCAGCCAAAGUCAUCCUUUUGGAAAGGCUCUGCAGGGAUUUGUAAAAGGGUGACAUCUAUUACUGUGCACAAGGCUGAACAUCUGUGGAUUUCAGGCUACAACAAAGAACCUGAUACUUAUGUAACCAUUGAAUGUGAAGGCUCCACAGUUAAGUCUCAGCUGCACAAAUGUAAUUCCACACCAGAAUAUGGCAUUAAAGCAUUAUUCUAUAGGAAACAUCCAAAAAGACCUGUGACAAUUAAGGUAUGGGAAACUGCAUUUCCGAGAGACAUUUUGCUUGGGCAGGUGUUCGUAGCUGCGAAUAAGAAUGAAUUUGGUAAAACUGAAGUCUAUCAACUUGAAGGGGAAUUAAAAUUCUUACGGUCAAUACUUGUGGAGACAUCAUCCAGUGAUAACUUAACAGCCAUAUAA